AUUAAUCGGACGAGCUCACCCCCACAGAAGCUGCUCGCAGUGCGUCGGGGUAAUAGAAUUUCUCCUGGAUACGAUCGAGAAACGAGUCGCUCGAUCGUCGGAAUCUCAGAGCUCGGAUCUUCCUCAAAAUGAGUCUCUUCGGUGUCGUCGUCGCCGGCCGGCUGGUACAAACAGACUUCAGCAAGUUAGAACCUAACAAAUUCCUGCUCGUCAUACCCGAACCGGAUAAAGUGAGCCACAUCACUGUCUUCAUGACGGGGAUCGAGCCCUUUCCCGAGGGUCUAGCAGCUUCAGUGUAUUUCAAUUUUCCGGACGCCACCGGCUGUGGUGUCUGGCAUUAUCUCGGCUACAUAAGUAACGAGAAACCGAGUGCCAUAUUCAAGAUAUCAAAGACAAACAAAAGCGCUGCGGAUGGUCAUGCUUUCUUCGGCAUGAACAACAACAGCCUGGUAGUGGCACAGAUUGGAAUCUGCGUGGAAAACCUGGCAGAUAUCCGUUUCCAAGAUUCGGGCUCGAAUCAAAAAAUACAACCGAUCGACACGUUCACGGAAUUCACUCAGAAAAUGCUCGAGAGUUUCUACAACUACGCCACGUCCUUCGCCGUACCCGCUCCCGGCGGGGAAAUGUGUUUCCCAGUGAAAACUCUCGAAAGUUGGUUCAACAAUUUCCAGCGGAAGCUGAGCUCGAACCCCAACUUCUGGAGACAGUCGACGUGAGGGGGAUUCCUUCCCAACUCGAAAAGUAUAAAAAGUGAUCUCUCAUUUUUUAUUCCUCUUCCAAGAUCCGGGUAUGGCUGAUCACGGAGCCAUUCCACAGACAAGCGAAAGUCAGAAUAUUUUCCGGACAGGGAAGGACGUGAACUUCAUUUCAACGAUAGAGUCGCGGAAUGAUUUUUUUCAAUAAAGAGUCGGGCUUGGGGUGAUAUAGCCGAUUUAUUAUA